AACUAAAUAGUAUAUAUGUCGAUAAGAUCUGCUUGCGUUUACAGUGCACCUUUGACGAUGACGAAUGUUUUCUUUUCGACCCGCGCGUACUGCAAAAUCAUUUUACACGCUGCCAAGUACCCGCAUUGUGCAAUAAACGGCCUGCUGCUUGGCAAACAAAAGAAUAAGGACGGCAAGGCCGAUCUAUACAUCGAGGAUGCGAUACCUUUAUUCCAUAUAUGCCUACACGUUUCCCCAAUGGCGGAAAUAGCACUUACUUUGGUGGACCAGUUAGCUGCAAGCAAAGGCCUUAUACUAGCGGGUUACUAUCUGGCCAAUGAGAACAUAAAUGACUUAAGUACAGAUAGACCAGCCCAUAGAAUAGCAGACAAAAUUGCGGACAAUUUUAAUAAUGCGUUGCUGGUAGUGGUGGAUAAUCGAGAAGUGACUCUAAGUAUGGGAUCAAGUCCAUUGAGAAUUUCACAAUCUGUAGAGGGAAAAUGGAAACCAAAGGACAUUGCAAAUAUAAUUUACGAGGACAACAUUGCACAUACAGAUGCAAUGUAUUCUUUACUGAAGGCAGAGGAGUAUAGGAAUCUGAUCGACUUUGACAACCAUCUCGAUAACAUCGCUCUCGAUUGGCAGAAUCAGAAAUUGAAUAAAAUAAUUGACGAGGCUGUCGACAAACACACAUAAAAGAUGACAAUGCAAUACAUUCCACACACACAUAUAUAUACACACAGAUCAUACAAAAAUUGUUUUAUUUAUACGUUAUGUUGCACUCUAUCUAUAUUUCAUUCACUAUAUGCGAAGUAACAAAUGUACAUACGCUAUAGAAUUUAUAAAUGAAUAUCACUUGUUUUUAAA